UCAGCGGCACCCGUAGUUCUGUACUAAGCUCGGCUGCUGAUUGGUGGAGCGCCAUCAACACCGGGACGUGCAGAGAACGUUGUUGAAGCAGCAGCUAAGCUAACCUGCGCUAAAAUAAGUCAAAAUGAGCCUCCGGAAGCAGACCCCCAGUGACUUCCUGAAGCAGAUCAUUGGAAGGCCAGUGGUGGUGAAACUGAACUCUGGAGUGGAUUACAGAGGUGUCCUCGCUUGUCUUGAUGGCUACAUGAACAUUGCUGUGGAGCAGACAGAGGAGUAUGUGAAUGGCCAGCUGAAGAACAAGUAUGGAGAUGCGUUUCUGAGGGGAAACAAUGUGUUAUACAUCAGCACCCAGAAGAGGAAGAUGUGAAAGAGCUUCUGAAUUGUGAUGGUUAUUGUUUGCUUUGUUGGUAUUAUUAUGUUAUUUUAGUUUACAGCUGAAACACUGAUGUUUUUGUUUCUCAGUGACCUUUUGUAAAAUUUGUAUUGGUAUUACAUGCACAUACGAUGCAAUAAAUUUCUUUUUUUCCCCAA